GGCGCUGGAGAAAGAGAGGCGAGGGAGCCGCUGAACCAGCCGCGGGGGUGUCUGCCGGGCGUCCGGCGGAAGGCUCGGAGCCUCUCCGGCUCCCUGCCCACACCUGCCGUCCGAGAAACGGCGCGAUCUAUGCUGCCUGCCCCGCCCCGGUUCCCCUGAGGAGCCACUCGGUCCCCUCCCCCGAACCGCUCAGUGGCUGCUGCGGCGAGUCACGGCUCUGAUAAAAAGUUUUUGAGAGAAACCGAGCUUGACAAUCGACGGCGGGGGAAGGGGGGGCAGAACGAAGCUUGCCGACCCCGCAACCUUUUGCCUCGCGAUGCGCCCUAGAGGCGCCGAGAACCGACGCCAGCCCGCCUGUUGUUUUCAUCCAGCAACCUGCCAGCAAGACUAGUGAAGGAGAAUGAAAAUCAGAAUUAAGGAGCAAGAACUGAGGUGGAAAAGCAAGUGAGAAGAGCAGAGAGGGCAGCUGUUGAACACCUGCCAAUGAUGGAUCUAAUGAGCUUCCCCUUAAGGAGGUUAGCUAAAGGACACCUGAUAAAACAGCUCUAGGACAUCUGGUAGGAUACCAACAGCUCCAGGAGCAUCCCUAUGCAGUUUUGUAGCCCUCCAGAGGGAUGUCCCAGGCACACCUUCUCAGAAUCCUGCUUGCACUGGUGUUCUGCCUUCAGGGAGCUUCUGCCCAGGUUAUGGAAUAUGUAUAUGAAUACGUGUAUGAAAGUUGGAAGGCUUACAGUGAAGAAUGUCAUCGCAAUAUGAGCCUUUGGCUACCAUCUACUGAUUUGGUUUGUAACCGGACUUUUGAUAAGUAUUCAUGCUGGCCUGAUGCACAACUCAACAGCACUGUCAACGUUUCCUGCCCCUGGUACCUGCCCUGGUAUGAUCAAGUGAAGCAUGGCUAUGUAUUCAAGAAAUGUGGCCCAGAUGGACAGUGGGUGACUGGUCCUGGAGGGAAGUCACUUCGCAAUGCUGAUCAAUGUAUGAUAGACAACAAGGAAGACCAGGAGUGGUUUGAUAGAAUCUAUGGAAGCUUCCGAGUGAUGUACACGGUGGGCUACUCAGUGUCCCUCUGUGCUCUGCUUCUGGCCUUGGCUGUGUUGCUGGGCUUCAGCAAGCUGCACUGCAUGCGCAACUACAUCCACAUGAACCUCUUCGCCUCCUUCAUCCUGAAGGGCAUCUCAGUGCUCACCAUCGACACACUGCUCCACACUCGCUACAGUGAGAAAGUUGAUGACUACAACGUGAGCCUUUGGCAGAGUGACAAGGCAGCACCAGGGUGCCAGGCAGCCACAGUGUUCAUGCAGUAUGGUAUUGUGGCCAACUAUUGCUGGCUGCUCGUGGAGGGGAUUUAUCUGUACAACUUGCUGGUGUUGACUGUCUUCUCUGAACGCAGCUAUUUCACCCUCUACCUCUGCAUCGGCUGGGGAGCCCCAGUCCUCUUCAUUGUGCCAUGGGUAGUGGUGAAAUAUCUUUACGAAAAUAUUCAUUGUUGGAGUACCAAUAAUAAUAUGGGCUUCUGGUGGAUCCUGCGUUUCCCUGUAUUCUUAGCCAUUUUGAUUAAUUUCUUCAUUUUUAUCCGUAUCAUUCAGAUCUUGGUCUCUAAGCUCCGUGCCCACCAAAUGCGAUACACAGACUACAAGUUUCGGCUGGCAAAAUCAACCCUGACUCUGAUUCCCUUGCUGGGCAUCCAUGAGAUGGUUUUUGCCUUCGUUAUUGAUGAGCAAGCCCAGGGCACUCUGCGCUUUGUCAAGCUGUUCUUUGACCUCUUUCUUGGCUCUUUUCAGGGAAUGCUGGUAGCCAUUCUCUACUGCUUUGUGAACAAAGAGGUACAGUCGGAACUCACUAAAAAAUGGACACGCUGGAAACUUGGUCGGGACAUAGAAGAAGAGUAUAAACACACAUACAGCAACACCCCCAAUGCUCGUAAUGGGAGGAGCAGCAGCACCUGUGAGAAGCACAAACUGGUUGGCAACUACCUCAAUGGUCUGAGCUGCAGCCAAGCAACUGUACAUACUAGCACGCAGUAUCUGGAGAGGACACACUGCAGCAUCAGUGAAAAUCUAGCUGUGAAUGAACUACCUCCUUGCUAUGAAUUUCCUGACGUGAACGGAGAGAGCGACAUCUAAAGCAGUUCAGUCCAUUGUCUCCAGCAGAUUGGGCCCAUUGAUUCUUUUCUCAUAAGACAGCCAUAUUGCAGAGCAAGGAUGGCAGAGCUAGAAGUCCAGGAGACACUGAGUGGGACGUGUGAUUGGAAACCGACCAAUGUCUAGCUCCCUGAAAUGAUACCUCAGUAUCUGGUUGUGUCCUUCCUGAGAUAGGGAGGCAUAUCCUGAUGAGACUCAUGUCCUCCUUCUUGUCUGCAUUCAUAGUAUUCCAAGGGUGAACUCCAUUGUAGAUGAGCAGAAAGGAACAAGUCAGUGAUAGCCCAGGUAUGGGUCUGGAAGAGUUAUAGGCUAAAGGUUGGAGAUGACAUUAAGUGGAUUUUGGAUGGAAAGAGAAUCUGUACUAUAGCUAGGAGGUCUGAAAGUCUACAGUUCAGAAAUUGCACAUUGAUUAGUGCUGAUCAAACUGAGAAUCUCAGAAACCUUUCUAGCUCUUGCUUUUAUAAAGAACAAGCUGAAAAUGCAUCAGCAGUAUUUGCUCAAAGAUAAACAAAUGGAGCAGAAGGGGCUGUGCAAUUUUUUAAAAAUUAGUCAUAAGGGAGUGUAUAUUCAGUUAUUGCCUAUUCCCUAACUUGCUAUAUCCUGAUGGAAAAACUGCCAAAAAGGUCUGGAAACCAAGUCAUCUGCAAAAAAUGCAGUUAUAUAAUUGUUUGGUAUAGCUAAAUAUUUUAUUUCCAAGUUUAGUAAUUGUAGAAUUUGGGUUUGAGCACAAGAGUUCCAAAUUCCUUCUUGAAAAUCUUUUUUUUUUGCCUCUGGAGUGGUAGUACCUUAGGAAUAAGGGCCAUGCUUCUUGAAGAAGGUAUGGUAUUCAAUAGAGGUGGUGUCCAUCUGGAGAAUUAGGAGCAUAACUUUUCCACCUGAGCAUCUGGGUGAUUUCAGAAAGCUACUUAGUAAUGCUAUAAUGUCCCUCUUAACUGGAGAUAAAGAAAUGAGAAUUAGAGGAUUCUGGGCAGUAAAAUGCCCAGAAUGUAACACUUCAGCACAAUCGCAGUCCAAAAUAGCCUGAGCAUAAAUUAGCCCGUUUUGUUGUGAGCUGCCCACUUGGGUUAUCAGGUAAUUAGCACAUUGUUUUGUGGUAGGUGACAGUAUAGUACCAAAAGUGCUGCCUGUGAUCUUAAGUAGGCAGCAAUAGUAAUAUUCGCCCUCAAGAGUGAAGAUAUUACGUAUUGACCAUCUUUAUGGCUGUGCCAUUACAUCUGUGCUAUGGAAACACUUACUCCAUUUGUUCCUAGGAUAAUUCUGUCCUGAAUGAUUCUGUAAAUUGAUUUUUGCUGAGGGCUGCCUCUGGGUCUGUGAUGUCAGUGCCAAUGUUCCGGAGAUCAAACCCUCAAUAAAUGGUGUUACGUG